GAUCUCUCUUGUCCAAACCGUACUUCCAUUCCAUCCAUCUCCGCCCUCAGCCUCAGCCUCAGCCUCACUCAGUCAGAUCCGCGUCGCGGCCCCGUGCGCUGCGCCCCCCAAAUUCCCCUCUCUCUCUCUCUCUCAGUCCAACACCUGCGCUCGCUCGCGAGAGAGACAGUCGGCCAGCGCGGGCGAUGGCCACCUCCAGGGGCGGCCCCGCGGCCUCCUCCCACCUCGUCGUGCUCCCCUCCUACCCCCAGAUGAUCGUCGAGGCGAUCGCGUCGCUGCGCGAGGACAACGGCUCCAGCCAGGCCGCCAUCGCGCGCCGCAUCGAGGCCGCCCACGGCGCCGCCGGCCACCUCCCGCCCUCCCACCCCGCCCUCGUCGCCGCCCACCUCUCCCGCAUGGCCGCCGCCGCCGAGCUCGUCGCCGUCGCCGGCGGCAAGUACGCGCUCCCCGCCCCGCCCUCCAGGUGCCCCGCCGUCCAAGAGGCGGACGCGGAGGACGACGAGCCGGAGUACGACGACGACUCCUCCCCCGACGACGCGCCCCCGCCACCACCCCCGCCCCAGCAGCAGCCGCCCGCCAAGCGCGGCCGCGGCCGGCCCCCGAAGGUGCGCCCGCCGGGGUUCCCCAUCACUGCCCCCGCCGGAACACCCAUCGGCGCAACUGCUAACAUCAACGGGCUACCCGUCCCCGCCGCGGCUCCCGCGGCGCCGCGCCGGCGCGGCCGGCCGCCCAAGCCGCGGGACCCGCUGGCCCCGCCCAAGGUCGCGCGCCCGCGCGGCCGGCCCAGGAAGAACCCGCUCCCGGACGGCAUGGUGCAGAUCCCGCGCCCCGGCUCCACCGCCGCCAAGCCCCGCGCGCAGUUCGCCGAGGUCGGCUUCGUGUGAGCUGCAGCCCGUGCCCGAGCACGGAGCGAGCUAACUUUUGCGCCGUCUGUCUUUCCUUCCCAGCUGUCCGUCUGUUCCAGUGUUCGGUGUGGUGUGGUGUCGUGUGGAGGUCAUUUCUCCGUCCGUUCGUGGUGUUCUAAUUCAGGGUAGAAGAAGAGGCGGCGAGUCCAGGCGGCAGCAUCGUCGGUCCGGUGAGUGUGGGUGGUGUGUCAGUCAGUUAGUCUGUCCGUGGUGUUUGCUAUUGUUGGUUCGCCGGAGGGGAGACUCCUCCGGCGACGGUGUAUCCCCCCUGUAUCUCUGUGCCCCGCACGCAAUUCAAUGCAGUUAGUUGAUCAGAAA